CCCCCCCAGUUUGGGGUCCUGCCUGUGUCCCUUGGCGCUGGGUUGGAGUGUCCUGGUACCUGACGAGUUGGAGCCAAGGGGCCAGAAUUGAGCAUCUUGGAAGGCAAGGAAAGGGGAAUCCAGCACUGGCUGCCUGUCCUGGGAGCUGGUACAGAGGUGGUUAAAACAUUAAAACGGAAAAUCCUCAUUAGAAGCCAUCCCUGAGCAGCAGGAGCCAGGGCUCUAGGUCAAAACAAAGAGUCCAGGCUGCUUGUCACAAUCUGGCAGCCCAGUGGUACCCUUGGAGAUGGGGCAUCCCUUGGAGAGUAGCAGGCUCCAACAUAGCAUGAAGCACUGGGCAGCUCAACAGGAGAUGGUUCUGUAUUUGUCCUUCCCUGUUGCCAUGUUCUGGAUCUCCAACCAAGCAGAGUACUUCGAAGAAUAUGUCAUCAAAAGGAAGAGGGAGAUCUACCCACCUGAAGAUGAGCGCCAGAGGAAGGAGCUGGAGGAUUUCAAGGAGCGGAUGCGGAAGAGACAUGAAGAGCGGCUCCUGCGCGCAGCCCAGGAGUGACAGCAAGCUGGAUUGAGGGGGAGGGAGCAUGGCCUGGGGGGGAAGAACCCCCCAACACCUGGCUUCACGUACUGUCUGUGCAAGUCACCACCCCUUGGCACUGGCUCAGCUGCCCUCCAUGGAGAACUCCAGGCAUGGGGAGCAGCAGAUGUGAUGGCAGGGGGGUUAAUAGCAAAUAGAGUAAUCAGGGGGUGGGCGAGGGCGGGGCUUUGCACAUGCUUGUUAAUUAACCCUCACAGCCCUUCUGGGCCAGAGAGAAGGAGGCUGAAAGAGAAACCUGCCCAAGCAAGUCCCUGCCCUUCACUGCCAGUUUCCCACUAGUAAAGGGGGCCGUGAGGUGCAGUUAAGAGGCAAGUGCUUUGAGCUGCUCAGCUAGGGGGAGCUGGGGAAGGGCUGUGUUGCAUGAGCAGGGCAGGGGGCUGGGGCCAGUGUCAGGAAUGCAAGCUUGGCUGGGUUUCGCCUUUGGUGUUUUGGGGCGGGCUGGCAGACUAAUGUGGGAGGCAGGGAGAUGGAGCUCCUCGGCUGGCUGGCAGCACUCUGGGGGAGGAUGGUGGAGCCUGGCCCAGCAGGGUUAUGGAGACGCUUUCUGGAGAGAGGGAUGGGCCAGCCCUCUGGAGAGCACAGUGUGUUCCGGCUCUAGGAUUGCCCUGGAGCUGUCUGACUCCGUCCUCUCCUGCUGGGACCUGCCUGGAUUACGUGGCUUUUCCAGUCUCUGCUGUGUGUUCCUUCACGCCCUGCUCAAACGCAGCAUCCAUGAGGGGGUGAACCCCGUUCUGCUGAGGUGUCUUGACUUUGGCCGCCACCGAGCGUGUGGAAGAGUCUUCCAGUGACUGCACCCCCUCUGUUGGGAGCACGUCCUCUGCGUGUCUGUGUCCUGGCCUCGCCACCUUCUUGCUUGAGGAACUGACUAAUAAAAUUCUCCACCACCAGGUCAUGUGCUGACCCCCCCCUUUGCCUCUGGGCUCUUCUCUUUUGGCUGCUCUCAGGGCUGGAGACAAGUCCCUUGGUGCAACAUCUUCCCUCUUGCUCUGUCUUCUGUGCACUGAGGCCACUCGCUCUUGCACCCUGGCUACGGUAUUAGAUGCCCCUUUGGGCUGUGUCUAGCUGGCUGCUCCCUGCGGCCUGCCCAGGGUUCUCUGAUGGGAUGCGUUUCAGGGCAUUGGCCCAAAUGCAUGUACAUAUGCUAAACACCAGGGCUUAGGGGAGCCUUCCUGUGUGUAUGUACUCCCUAUGCUCUUUGGGCCCCGGGCUGUGCUGCCAGCCCCUCUGCACUGCCGGGAGCAACUAAGCAUGUGGGCGUAGACAAGUCUCUCGGCUUUGGGCUCCAGCCACAGCAGCUGCCCUUCCCCUCUCGCCUUGGGAGCAGAGCCGACCCAAGGCAGGGCUGUCGCCGGAGCCUGCAGGCAGCUUUGCAGGGUCCCAUUGUUCGUGGCAGGCCUUUGAAAGUCAGUGGGAGAAAGGCCUGGGCUGGGAAAGCCCAUUGCCUCUGGCCAGGCUGUAAACGUCACUUCCCUUUCCUCCCUCGUAUCCCUUAGCAGCCUGCCCAGGGCUGCGAGGUUGGGGCUGGGCUCCCGCCUGCCAAACCUGCACAUGGCCCCAGUGUCUCCUCUUGGGGCAGCGCAGGGAGCAGGAGCUCUGCCAACUCCGCUGGGGGCAGCAAAGGGGGAUUCUCGCUGGAAAGCUGUGACCUAGAAGUGGCUCCAGAUGCCCAUCUCCUCCCUCGGUGGAGCUGG